UAGUUCUCAAAAUUUAUUUGAAAAAUUAAAACGGUAUACAUUUUAUAAUAUUAGCCCAGGAAAUUCAGUAGGUGUUAAAUUUUUUUAAGAAAUGCAAGAUCAUAAUGCAACUCACGUUAAUAAUUACACGAAUAUCUCUGAAACAGUCCUCCAUUUACAUACAUGAAGUAAAAGCUGGAAUUCAAAAGGCUCUAUGUAGCAAUGUACUUAGUCUAUGUAGGGGUGCGUCAGUACGCGAUCAGUUGAUGCCGAGGGCGGGCGGUUCUGGCGUCCACAUUACGAGUUCCUUUGUCUGCUAAAAUUACUUCAAGAUUGUAAAAUUGAGGCAGUUUUAUGUAUAGUUGUAACAUAAGUUGUGAAUCCCUGCAUAUUUUUUUAUAUAUUUUUAAUUGUAAUGAGUGAAUAGACUUGACAUUCUUUUGUUUACAAGGGCUUCUGAAAAGCCGGAUUAAAAAUUCCAUUUGGUUUCGUUUACAUAACCCAGAUGCUGCAGUAAAGCUACUUCGAUAUUUUUUUUAUGUAGAAGCUGUUCGAAAACGGAAAAAUAUUUCACAUUGUAAAGCAUAUAGAAUAUUUAAAUAUGCACGAGACGGAAGCGUUGAGGUUUUUAUUGGUCUUGGUAGUUUCUUUUGAGAAUGCGAUAUUUGUUGCUGGUGAGUCCUUGGCUAAGUGUGAACAGGCUCCGGCGCACGCGCAGCCCACCGAUGAUCAUUUCAGCUUGCGUAUAUCGGGCGAACCAGAUUUGUUUAUACCAGGAGAGCUGUAUACCGUUACGCUCCGAGGGGCUAACAGCGGUCAAGGCCCCUAUCCGUUUACCGGCUUCAAGAUAUGGGCUGAAGUCGCGAGUGAUUUUUCAAAAGACGAAACAGAGCAAGGAGACCUGAGAGCAACAGCUGACCCUCACCAGCCGCUGGGAGUAUUCCAGGCUUACGAUGCUCAGACUAAACUUCAUGAAUCCUGUGCUCCAGCCGUCGAUAAUGCUACUGCCCACCCUAAGACAGAAGUGCAGGUAAUAUGGAAUGCACCUUUAAGUGUGAGAGGAGUUUGCGUGCGGCUGUCUGCUCGUGUCGGUCCCACGCUGACUGCAAAUAAAUGGUCUGUUUUGGCUCGUAAGAUCUGCCCCACUUCGGCUGGACCUUCUAGCCUGAAUCGACAACCACCCAUUGUUGAGCCCUGCUGUGCUUGUGAUGAAGCAAAAUAUGAGGUAAAUUUCGAAGGAAUGUGGUCUCGCAACACCCAUCCUCGUGAGUUUCCUCCGGAGAAUGCUCAUGCCCAUUUUGGUGAUAUAAUUGGCGCCUCACAUACUGCACAGUACAGGGUCUGGCAAGAAGGUCGGGUAGCGACGACUGGUUUAAGGCGUCUCGCCGAUGACGGCUCUACCACAGCCCUCGAAAAAGAAUUAAAAGCAGAGAGUGAUCAUAUCCGUACGAUAAUCAAAGCCCGUGGUAUAUCGUGGCAGCAAGUGACGGGAACUGGCAUUCCAAGUACGUUUGCUGUGUUUCGUGUAGACGCCAAGCACCAUCUGGUAUCUUUGGCUGCCAAAUUAGCUCCUUCGCCAGACUGGAUCGUAGGAGUUUCGGCGUUGGAGCUCUGCAACGUGAAUUGUACAUGGAGAACGUCGGCCUCACUGUCGUUGUACCCUUACGAUGCUGGUACAGAUAAUGGCAUAAGUUAUACUUCUCGCCGUAUGCCAACGAUUCCAGCGGCGCCCGUACGAGCCCUUAGGACGGAUUGGCCUCGCGAUGUGCGCUCACCGUUUUUCAGCACGACCGGGGAAAUGAGACCCUUUGCGCGCGUUCGAUUAACCAGAUUGCGUUUAUAUGAGAAGAGCUGUGAUGUCACAGAGCCCGGAACGGAUCAGAACGUUCAAGAAGGUGUCGGUGCGGGAGGCUGGUGCGCGACACACGGGUGGGGUCCGUGGGGUCCGUGCAGCGUGACGUGCGGUGCGGGCCGCGCCUCCCGCCAGCGCGACUACGUCUGGCCGGCGCGGGCCCACGCUGAGGCUUGUCGCGUACAACUCACAGAUUACAAACACUGCCACGGACCGAGGAUGCAUUGCCGAGCUGUAUCGGAAUACGAGCCGGACCCAGCGGAGUCGAGCGGCCCGUGUGCGAUGUCUCCGUGGUCGGAGUGGUCCCCGUGCGACGGGUGCGGGGUGCGGGCCCGCACGCGGCACUACCUCGCCCCGCGAGCGUACAAACGAUGUCACAUCGGCUUCCGCGCCCGCACUAUACUCAGCCAGGCCAUGCCCUGCGCCGAGGGACCGUGUGAACAACCACCGCCCCGAUACGCGAACAUGUCGAGUUUCGAUUGGUUUUUCGUGGACAAUCCUAGAGGAGAGUGUAGAGUGACGUCAUGGAGCGACUGGUCGCCGUGCUCGGCGCGGUGCGGGCGCGGCCGCCGACUGCGCACGCGCGUGUACGUAGUGCGGGAGACGCGCGUGCAACAGCUCAUGUCGAAACGAUUGCUGGCUCAGUGGAAUCAACGUUUUGCCGAAUUGCAGAACUUGGAAGUUGCUACAGAAAACGUAACCUCAGAGGACCCAGAAAUUGAAAAUCUCGUAGAGGAACAUCUGGAACGAUGCCAGUUCACUUUGACUCAACAAGAGGCCUUUUGCGACGGAGAAGACAGAAGCUGCAUCAAUUUUAAUGACUCUUCAAAAAUCUGCAAGCUACCGAUGUCGGUCGGCCAUUGUCGCAGGUAUCAGGAGCGUUGGUUCUUUGACUGGCCCCGCAAGUCCUGUGAACCGUUCGGAUACUCCGGCUGCGGAGGGAACGACAAUAAUUUCCGUGACAGAGAUGAGUGUUUGAGCGUAUGUCACAAGAACACCUCGGUAGGAAAGAAAUCGGAAUCUGUGAGCGAAACGAGAAUUAAAAAAAUGAAGGCGACCCCUUCAUCUGAUGACAACGAGGUCAUGUUGAAUGACAAGCCAACGGUGCGCGAUUCAAUGAAGUGUGCAACUGGUCCGUGGCUUGGAUGGAGUAACUGUGUCGGCGACUGUAAUUACGCUGUCAGACUUAACUACAGAUUAGUAUUGAGUAAAGACUCAGGUCUGGGGACUUCAUGUCGAAGGCUUGUGAAGAGUCGUUCCUGCAGGCCAGUCCAGUGUAGGAACGCUAUUCUGGCUCCCACAACAGACUCGACUAUCGACAAAGAUAACACUCUAAGGACUAUGUUUAACUUAUGAAUAAAACACUUUGUAGACCCUCCUUAAUUAUUAAUCCCUAAAAGUAAUCUUUUAUAAUUAGAACUUCAAAAUUUUAUAGAAAUAGUAUCUUAUACCUACAGACAAGUUCAGAGAUAUUGUGAUUUAAGACUAUUUAACGUUAUUAUGUCAAUUCCAAGGAUCUCAUAUUAGUGUUAUAAUAAUUUUAGUUAUUAAUAAAUUACAUAGAUACACCUAAUAAUCUAAUUAUUGACAACUAAGAAUUCGAUUUAAUACCUCAACGUGACUCCAGUGACCAUUUCACAUCAGAAGGGCCGUGAGAUCAUUCACCUAACAAUAAUUUUUUUUUUUUUUUUUAUUGCCCAUUUAUGCAGACGAGCAUACGGCCCACCUGAUGGUGAGUGGUUACCGUCGCCCAUGGACUUCAGCAAUGCCAGGGGCAGAGCCAAGCCGCUGCCUACAAAAUAAAUAAGCAUGGCCGCUCUUAGUCUAACCGACUCUAGUUCAUCACUAAACGAUUCAAAAAUAACUCUAAGAGGUCAAGGUAUUUCGUUAUCUGUGUCAAGUACAUGGCUACGUUAUCUUUUAAUCGAAUUAUCAUUUGCAUAUUCAAAUGAAUUCCUGUUUCUAUUUCAUAAUGUAUAAAUAAAAUUAUAAUACUCCCGACCUGUUAUCUAUUUGUUUAUUUUGUAUUUUAAACGAGUGAUUGAAAAUGUCAACAUAUCGACGCCAUUUUACCAAUCAGUGUUUGAUGUACUGUCGGGAAUAUUUCGUCACUGAUAAGGUUUUCCUACAAAUUUAAUAGAUAUUUUACGAAUGAAAAAUCAUAAGAGAUUAAGAUUAUUUAUUUUCACGUUGGGUAAUUUCAACUUAACUUUGUACACAUAUAUGUUAUUUACCUAUUACUUAAAUAAUAAGUUUUUAAAAACGAAAACUAAAAAAUAAUUUCCUUAAAUAAUACUGUAAAGAAACAUCACAGUCACAAUUUGUACAGCGCGUCUGUUUGAAGAAUAUCAAAUAACCAUUUUGAUUCAAUAAGAAUCUCAACUAUUAUAUAGUGUUGUUGCACCCUGUUGAUUUAUAAACAUAGGAAUAAUUUAAAAAUUUUACAAUAUAAAUAGUGACUUAGUGUAUCUUUCUACACGUGAUUCAAAUUAAAUAAUACGUAAAUGAU